CAUUGAAUUUUUCCACAACACAAUCUGUCUGGGGAGCGAGAAGAAACACCUACUUCCGGAUAAACAAACGAUUAACGUGAACCUUCAAGAGCGCUAAUACCGCAUUUCAGCAGAUUUCGAUCACAGUUCUUCUCUAUCUCUCGUAGCUUGUAUUUGAGUGGUUAUGAAUUCGCUUGUGGGAUACGGGCUCUCAUCCGAGUCAGAAGAUGAGGAGACAGGAGAGGACAAUCCAAAGGGCACCUUCAUAAAGCCAGAAAGUGCUGUACAGCAGACGAAAAGCCGUAAUUUCCUGCUGGAGUCGGAAUCUCCGUCCAGUGAUUCUGAAUCUGAUCCAGAAAACGAAGAUCAACAAGAGGCCCCUCAGCCAUUUUCAAAGCCCUCAUCCACCCCAUCGGUCCGCCCCCACCCUCAAAAACUCCCACCUCCACCUCUGGGCUCAGGUGGAGCGCUUUCUUCAGCCAGCAGUGUGUUUACAAACCCCUUCAAAGAAAAGGCAGAGGAGAGUCUGAACGUCCUGCAGAAACACGUACCUCUUACUUUACAAGCUCGUCCCACCCAGAUUGGCGGGAAGCGCAUUUGUGUGGCCUACAGGAAGGACGGACGCUGCCGCUUUGGGAGCAAAUGUAAGUUUGCACAUGACAGCGAUCUGCAGAGCAACCUUAAGGUCACUUCUGACAGUGGACCAAAAGACACCAAUGUUACACACAAAAAUGAUCCCCUGGCUUCUGGAGAGGAGGACAAGGAGACUGAUGAAGAGAAGGACAAUGAACAGAGGAAGAAGAAAAGAGUCGGGGUGAAUGAUUCUCUUAUUCCACCUAAACGCGCACUCAAGCAGUAUGCCAGACUCUCACAUCCAUAAAAGACACACCGCUUUCUGUCUGUGUGACCUAUUUUGGCUGAUUAUUCACUUUUGUUUUUGUUUUAAACACUCUGAAUGCUGUUUGUGUUAUAUCUAUUUAGUGAUCAUUAUCUAUUAGUAACACAAUUAAGUGUUAAUAUUAAGUGUUACUAAUGAGGAGGUAAAAUCGGUCUGUACAAAUGUGUUACAGACUUUCUCUAGAGGUGUUUAGUGGACAAAGGAGUAUGGAACAAAAUCAAUGCCAAAAGUAUUGAAAUAAAAAGCUUAUCGAAUAGCACAAACUGAAAAUAGCAAUACUUCGAAUUAACAAAUGCUUGCAUUUUAAUGACUUGGAUUGCCAGGAUUUGUAAUUUUUGGUCCUGAAUUUUUACAUAGCUGUUUAUUUAAGCGGUGAAUAUCUCAACUAAAAAUAUUUUAAACACAUUUUAUGCUUAAAAAUGUAAUAAUUCUUAUUCAAUUUCCAGAUUUCACUCACAAAAUAUUCAAUACCGGUGAAAAAUACGAAGUGUAAUGUUCUAAAGGUCAUUUUGGGUUUAUUUUAUAUCAGUUCAAAAAUUCAGUGGAUCAAAUUCGGCUCUAAAAAUUUGACAUUACAUCCGAGAACUGCAGGAAAAGCAAUAGAUUGUAGACUGACAAUCGCUUUUUCACUAGCAGGUGGACUAAUUUAAGAUGUUUAAACCAAUAAAUAACUGAGGAAAAAAACAAAUAAAAGCAUCAAAAGUAGCAUUUAAUAUUGCCAUGUCAAAUUUUAACAGCCGAAUUUGAUCCACUAAAUUUAUGGAGGCGAACUUUUGAACUGAAAUAAAGUGAAUUGAAAAUUGUCUUGAAUAUUAUAGAUGAAAUCUGGAAAUUAAGAAUUAUUGAAUUUUUAAGCAUGAAAACGUGUUGGAAAUAUUUUUGGUUGACAUAUUCACAGCUUAAAUAAACAGCUGUGUUCAAUUUCAGGAGCUAAAAUUAGAAACCCUGUUAAUCCAAGUCAUUUAAAUGCAAGCAGUUGUUAGUUCAAUGUAUUAUUUUUCUGAGUUUGUGCUAUUCGAUAAGCUUUUAAUUUCAAUACUUUUGGCAUUGGAAAAAUGUAAUGAAUACGUGUUAGGAUUAAAAUGUAGGUCUGUAGUAUAAAAAACGUGUUAUAUUAGUGAAAAUAUCGGUACAUAUUGGUUGCUUGAUGAAUUUAAAAUGUGUUUGGUCAUUGUGUGUUCCCCCUUUUAAACAAUUAAUUUUUAGUUUGUUAUAGAUGUUUAUUUAUUUCUGGAUAUGAUAGAGAUUUUCCUUACAUAGAACUGGUUUAAAUCAGAUGCAUUGUUCAGAAGUACUUUUAAAAUAUAUUAGUACUUUUUAUCAAUCAAAGAUUUAUUAAAUGUAUUAAACUGGUUGGCUGUGACUGUAAAGACCUUUAUAAAGAAUGUUUAGAUUUCAAAUAUGGAAAAUAAAAUCCUGCUAAUUACC